CCCAGACUCCCCAGCUCCAGUCGUGUCGUUACGAAAGUCUUUCUUCCACAGCUCUUUUUACAAUUUCCCUCAGUCGCAACAAAUCUCACUAUUGCAUUGUCUAAGGAGGUCUGCUAUAAUACCUAACGAUUCCCUUACAUGUUCUUAAUAUAACUCGGAACCCGUUUAAUUCAACUACCUCACCCUAACAUCCCGUUCUCGAAACGCCUUUGCCUACCUUCUUUCCAUUCCGAUCCCGCGACCGACAGACACGCCAUUUUAUUACCCACCGUAACAGAAAUCUUGUCAAAGGAGGCCGCUCUAUAAACUUUCUCUACCGUCAAUAGUUUGGUGUCGUUAUUAUAUCUUAUAUCUACCGAACCUACCAAAGCUGCCGGCGACAGAUCAUUACCGAAACAUACUCAACUCUUGCGAAUUACAGGCGACCAUAACAGCUGGCGGUCGCAAUGACUUCCCAACAAGUUCUUUUCUCCGAGACCAUUGCGGCGAUGAAGAAGGCAAGAAAGCGCAAGGCAUACGAAUCUGAUUCUGAUUCCGAAAUUCACUACCAUGGCAACCGGGGACACAAAUUAAUGAAGAGGGCUAGGUUUGUUCACGAGGGACAGUUAGCACCGCCCUCAGGGCCUGAAGUAUACAAAGAGAUCGUCAACCACGCCGGUUAUCAAAGAGCGAUCAUUAGCCGAAACCCUGUACUUAUUGAUGACGAAGGUUACGAAAUCGAUAGCGACGAUGAUCAAGAAUAUAUUCAAGACGUUGCCGACGCAGCAGCCGAGUUCAAUCCGUACGCUAACGUACGACUCGAAAACAUUCUUGCGCCACUUACCUCUGUCACCGAUCUUCCCACACAUCCUACUUUAUCCCGACCUUAUAGCACAAAAACACUCACAGACUUAACAAAUCAAGCUUGUAAUAUCAUGCAUAAAGAAAACGCCGCGCUCUGGAAGGUUAAACACUUACAGACAAAGUUGGUUGGCGAUCACAUCUGGGCUCCCUGUGCCAUAAUGCUUGGUCCCAACGAUAUCGAACUUUACCGCGACGAUUAUAUGGAUCCAAACAGUCAAGCACACGGGUCUGUCAAGUCAGAUACCAAUAUACCCUCACCAGAAGAAACACAACCGAAAACCAACAAAACCGCUGCAACUACAAGAAAUGAAGACGUUUCUGCACCUUUUACCGAGACGAUAGCUAACGGAACAAAAUCUGAUGACGACACUACGAUGUUUGAUGCCGAACCGCCAGCGGACGCCGAUACAAGUGCGCCCGAGCCUACGACGACGCAGACCGCUAAGGCUGUUCCCGAGGAGCGGAAACAAAACGCGGGGAGCGACACACUAAACAAGGCGGGAGAAAAGGAGGUGGGAUUGGAUGCAACCGAAAUUCAGCAAGGUACUGCUGCCGAUAUCAGCGUCAACGGCGCCAAAGAUGUCCACUCUAUAGGGUCUACUAGCGGGUUAGCGACUGGCAGCGUUGCAUCGGCUGGGCAAGGAGAAGCCGACAGGGCACCCAAUAGUAGUCGGAUUGGCGAGGAGGUCGAUCACGAGGGUAGUCGGGCAGUGUCAGUGAUGUCGAUGUUCACAGAAGAAACGCCCAUCCACCCUCUGUUCUUACAUCCUCGAUCAGCUCGACCCGAUAGAGACCUCGGGAUUCCGGAGGCAGAAGCAGAGGAUAUGCGGCGGUUAUUGCAAUUAUAUGUGCAAAAGCAGGAAGAGGUCUGCCGUGGAGCGAAACGACUAUACGAAGGACUCCUUCGGGCAGAUAGAAUGCGGAAGACAGUCUUACAGUGGUCCAAGUACGAGGCUCAUGUCGGUUCAAACCGCGACAUGUCGGACGGAGAGGACUGGUACGAUAAGGAGGAGUGGGGCUUAGAAGAUGAUCUAAAGAAAGGUCAGGAUGAAGAAGAAGAGGAUACAGCACAGCCGGCCAAGAAGACGAGAACCCGAAAGUAAGGGUAACUAAAGGCAAGGGUUAGAGGCUCGUGUGGUGGAGGUUUUUUGGUUAUCGGAUACCCGAUGAGAUGGGUUGUUGGCAGCAGUCCAAUCCAUAAAUCGAAGGAGGAAAAGGUAUCAAUAUAACCUUUUCUUCCCUCAGUAGAAUUUGUACCCUGAGGCAUCAGCAUAUUCUUUGUCAAACAGGGGAAUCACGUCGGCUAUGAUAUGAAGUCAUAAAAUAUAAAGUAAUGAUCUCGGAGUUACUAUUUAGCAUGAUGUAUAUAGUAGCAUAAACUACCUAGUACCUAGGUAGGUAUUCGUACGAUAUGAUGUUCUGAGCUGGGUUGUUAGUUGUUGUUAUUUGGUUGGUGGUUAUGAAAACAAGUAUGUAAGUGGUACUAAUGUACCCGAGUUGCGAUGUAUAAAAAAAUGAAGAAGACCACAAACCGAAGCCCAGUAAUGCACGUGCACUCCGAUCGGAUCGAUAAUCGAUUACAUAGUACAUGUAUGUAAACGCUAUCUGACGAAGCUAUGGGUAAGGAGGUCGGGAUGAUACCAUACGGAAAAUGCAUG